GUCAAUCGGGCCAAUAAGAUGGCCCUGCGCGCCUGGGCAAAAGAAACCGGCGUCGACCUGGUGCAGGUCAACGGGCAGAGGCGAUACGGUGGCCCCCCACCAGGCUGGGUGGGCAAUCCCCCGCCGGCCGGCACGGAGGGGUUCAUCGGGAAGCUGCCCGUGGGGAAGCUCUAUGAGUUUCGCCUCAUGAUGACCUUCAGUGGGCUCAACCGGGGCUUUGCCUACGCCAAGUACAGCAACCGGCACGGCGCCAGGGAGGCGAUCGCUGCCUUCAACAACUUCCAGGUGCGCGAGGGCUGCGCCAUCGUGGUGUCCAAGAGCACGGAGAAGUGCGAGCUGAGCGUGGACGUGCGGCGGGUCACGGAGGGGGUCCUCAGUGUCACCCUGUACACCAGUCCCUACCAAAAAUGGGCACAGCUCGCUGUGCUGAAAUACAGCUCACACCAGGCUGCUGCCGUGGCCAAGAAAACCCUGGUAGAGGGGAACGUGAGGCUCAGUGGGGUGGAGAUGAGGGUGAGCUGGCUGAACCCCGACCUGAAGCAGAAACUGCUGUUGUGCAAGGAGAAGCCAUCAUCCAGCGAGGUGCACAGGGAUAAGUGCCUGGAGGUCCCCAAGCAGGCGCCUGUGUCUCCGGUGCUGCGCAACGCACUGGAGCGCCUGAACACCCUGUGCCAGAGGCAGUGCCUGGGCCCCCUGUUCAUCACCAAGUGCGUCCAGGCAAACCCCAACGGCUGGCUGCGGUUCUGGUGUCGGGUUGUGAUCCCAGGGUGUCCCGUGCCCUUCAGUGGGUUCACGUGGGUCCGGCAGGAUGGGCCAGGCAGCAGCGGGCAUGAGAAGGUGAAGGUGGCGGUGGCACUGCAGAUCCUCAGGAGGCUCGGUGAGUCCUCGCACAGCAUCGGUGCAAGCCCCCUGCCUUUCCCAAACUAUUGGAGCAUCCCUGGGAGGGUGCAGCUGUGGUGCCGGAGUGUGUAG